AUGGGAGCCCAGAAGAGCAUCCAUGCUGGCAAAGCGAAGAUUGAUGUUAAUGUCGAUUUCACUCACAAGCUUUGUGCUUCAUUGAUGCUUCCUCCUUUGAGUAAUGGCAGUGGCAGUCCUCUCUCUCUGAUAAUUGGGAGUCUUUGCAUCAAACAUCCAAACUUAUUUGGUGGAAGUGAGAAGCUUGAUGUGUCAUGGGAUAAGGGCCUGUAUGAUUCUAAUGUUUUAAUGGCUUAUAGAAGACCAAGACCUGAAUGGCUAGCUCAACAGUCUUUUAUAGUCCAGCAUUCUAUUUCACCCGAGAUAGGGGUUCAUGGAAUUCCCAUGGACAAUUUCUCACGUUCAGGUAGUGGAGGUGUAAAUUUGUCUCGAUUAUCAGUAGGCAUGGAUUUGAAUGAGCCUGCAAGUUCCAAAUGGAGUAGCACAACUAGCAUAAAGUUCGAGCAUGUCCGGCCACUGAAUGAUAAUGGCCAGUCUAUGAGCCGAGAUCUAGAUGGAUUUCCUGUCACAUGCAGUGGAAGUCCCCAUGAUAGCAUGGUAAUUCUAAAGCAAGAAUCUCGGUAUGCAAAGGCAAAUGAUCACAGUUUUUUUCAUUUCAGUCUGCAGAUAGAACAAGGGAUACCAGUCCUAUCUAAGUGGCUAAUCUUCAACAAGUUUAAGUUUGUUGCAUCAAAGGGAGUCAAACUUGGACCAGCAUUUCUCUUGACGAGAAUGACAGGUGGUUCCAUUGUAGGGGACAUGGCUCCUUACCAAGCAUUUGCAAUUGGAGGUCUUGGCAGUGUGCGAGGGUAUGGUGAGGGUGCAGUGGGGUCUGGUAGAUCGUGCUUAGUUGCAAAUACCGAAUUGACAUUGCCUUUUAACAAGAUGCUGGAAGGCGCUGUUUUCUUGGACUGUGGAACUGAUUUGGGGUCUGCUCAUCAUGUACCUGGAAACCCAGCCUUGAGGCAAGGUAAACCAGGAUCUGGAGUUGGACUUGGAUAUGGCCUUCGUCUCAAAUCACAGUUUGGCCAUUUUGUGGUUGAUUACGCCUUAAAUGCCUGUCAACAAAAAACAGUCUAUUUUGGCAUCAGCAACCUGGCUUCAUGA